AUGGAUAUAGACUCCUACAGGUAUCGGGUGCCAAAACCCAACUAUCUUCCACACAUACCAGACGAUGAUCGCGAUAAUUCUCUUGUGGAAGAGUACUCCAACACUCCGCUCGGCUUAGCCAGUGAGAUGGACAAUGCCAAAUUCUACAACAAAUGCAAACGUCUCGCCGAAGAAUCUGGCAUCGCCCGGCCCAAGGGAUACAAUGUAUCCUUCCACUGUAACCCGGACAUCGAGGAACAUCACUUUGGUGUCACUCAUCCUAUGAAACCCUGGCGGUUAACGCUUUCCAAGAGCCUCAUUUACUCUUACGGCAUGUCUUUUGCCAUGGACAAUUAUAUCUCGAGGUCGGCUACGUACGAGGAACUCAACGAGUUUCACUCUUCGGACUAUUUGGACUUCCUCGGCACAGUUUUGCCUGAGCCAGUACCCCGAGACCUCGAGAAUCAAGGAGUCGACCUGAAGUUCAACCUGGGUGGAUCUGACUGUCCCCUCUUUGAUGGCCUCUUCAACUAUUGUUCUUUGUCAGCUGGCGGGUCUCUUGACGCAGCCAGAAAGAUUUGCUCAAAGCAGUCUGAUAUCGCCAUCUCUUGGGGUGGCGGCCUUCACCACGCCAAGAGAUCUGAAGCGUCCGGGUUUUGCUAUAUCAAUGAUAUCGUUAUUGCUAUUCUCCAACUCCUUCGCCAUUUUCCCCGAGUCCUGUACAUCGACAUUGAUGUUCAUCACGGCGACGGAGUGGAAGAAGCCUUCUUCUCGACCGAUAGAGUCAUGACUGUCUCUUUCCAUAAAUACGACCCAAACAACUUCUUCCCUGGUACUGGCGCUCUUGAUGACAACGGUCCCAAGAGCGAGCACAACCCGGGCGCUCACCACGCUUUCAAUGUGCCCUUGAAUGAUGGUAUCACUGAUGAACAAUACGAUCAUUUAUUCAAUACCGUGAUUGGCAAGAUCGUUGAAAAGUUCCGACCGGGCGCCAUCGCACUGCAAUGCGGUGCUGACUCUCUAGCCGGUGACCGUCUCGGUCGCUUUAACCUUCAGGUUCAAGGGCACGGAGCUUGUGUCAAGUUCUGUAAAGACAUGGGUAUUCCCAUGAUUCUUUUUGGAGGUGGCGGGUAUACUCCCCGAAACGUGGCCAGGGCCUGGACAUAUGAGACUAGUAUCGCUAUCAACGCCCAGGACAAGAUCAACCCCAUCCUUCCAGAGCAUGCCCCUUGGCGCGAUCAUUUCCGACAGGAUACCUUGUUCCCUACUUUGGAACAAAUCCUAGGUGAACCACGCGUGAACAAAAACCCUCCGAAGCGCCUGCAAGAUAUCGUACAACACGUCACAGAACAACUUCGCUUUGUAGAGGCAGCACCAAGCGUUCAAUUCCAGACGAUACCUCCCGAUCUUGGUGGUGUUAGAGAUGAUGUCGAGGAACGGAUCAAGGAGGAAAACGAAGAAAGGCGGGAUGAGAUCCGCAAAGCACGAGAAGCUGCAGUAGGAGCGGUAGGAACUGCAAUGCAACUCUAG